AUGGAAAUAGUGGACUUCAAAUUAGAGGAUCUGGAGGAAGUUGAGGAGCAGGUGCCAGCGGAUCUCUGUGAGUCGUAUUUGAUUGGAGACAGACACGGACUGUCCCUGUUGGAGAGAGACCCGGAGAUCAUCCAGGCGAUUGCAGCCAAAAAGUGCUUCUUUGUUCCAAACAAGAGGAAGAAGACAGGCGUGUGGAACGAGAAUGAGACGAAGAAGCAGGUCUUCUACAACUGGAUAGUGAAGAGGAAGGACGAGAACGGAGAAGACGUCUUGGAGGGGCCAUUUGUAAACAGGGAAAUGAAGAAUUUGUUGGUGAAGAAUAUGCUUACUGGAACAAGCAUAAGAAGAGUAUGUGAUGUUGAGUUUGUUCCAUUUGAGAAGUUGUACGAGGCGCAUCCUAACUUCAUUUACACCGAAACAGACCUCCUAAACAGGCUAUUCAACAUCAGAAUGCCAAAAGAAGAUAACAGAAUCAAAGUGGAGGAGUCAACCAGGGUAAACAGGAUAAUAGAGAAGUACAGCAUACAGGCUACGCAAGAAGAGAUCAUUAAUAUGAUAAGAGGGACUAUAAAGAACGAGGCAUUGAUGACGAUGAAGAAGAACCUGAAGAUGCAGCAGAAUGAGUGUAUAGUGGUAUUGGAUACGAUAUUGGAAGAGACAAAGACGCAAAUACUGCUGGACGUGGAUAAGGAUGGGUUUAAGAUUAACAUGGAGAAGAAUAAGAAGCAAGGAAGCAGUUACCACAGUAGAAAAAAGACUAUGAACUAG